UUAUCUAAAGCUAUGUCUCUUCAACAAACCUACUCGAGGUUUCUCGCCUCUCCCUCGGUAGAGGCUUUUUCCGCUUCGCCUUCAAUGCAUUAUAUUACUACCCUUAUCACACUUAGCUCCACGGAGACGAUUAUGAGGUACCUCAAACGUGAGCCCAGCCUUCUUAAGAAGCGUGUGGAAAAGGUCCUUUCGGCUGUUGAAACUUCUGAUCGCUUGGUUCUCGAGGUCGAGACCGAGUUGGAACUCGUCAAGAAUGGUGGAAACUAUCUCCCAGCAAUGGAUGAUAAUUUCUUGGCUGAUCAAGUUGUCGCAUUUCCAAUUGUAAGUAGAAACCCCCUGUCUUGGUAGCUUUGGCAUUCCCGAUCUGUCACUGCCGUUGCCAUUUCGUCUCCAGUGUGGCUGACACAAGACUAACAUUUUGUACCAGGUCCAUUUCGUACAUUUUGAAAAUGGGCUUAUCAAACAAAUCCGCAUUCACUGGGACCAGUCUAACGUUCUCAAACAACUUGGGGUUAUUGGCCGUAAUGGAAGGAAUUGGCCUAUUAAAGACGGUCGUGAGCAAUGCAGGCUCAUUGCAACCUCGAUGUCUGGUAUCCCAGCCUCCAUACCACCCUCAUCAAGUAGCAACGGCGAUGGUGUCCAGACCACGCGAAGCAGAGGUGGUUCGAACAGUAGCAAGAUUGAUCAUCCUACUCGGGAUCCCCAUGCUAGUCUUGCUCUCUUCACCCCGCAUGAAUCUGAUGAUGAGCGCCAGACGAUUGAUCACCCUGCAGUCUCCCCCCGUAAUUCUGCAAAGCCCCCUUCCCGUGAUCUUGGGGAAAUCCUUGCCGGAGGCCACUCUCGUGAUACCGGCCCGCUUCCACCAAAGGCCCGUAGCAGUUUCGCCCCUAGCAGAACGUUUGAGAUUGGUAAUGGCGAACCAGUUGAGAAAAACUAUCCAACUCAGAAGAAGGUUGAGCGCAAGGUUCCUGUUGACUCGAAAAAGUAUGAACACUUUGAGUUUUCCGAUGAGCCUGUGCCCUCUGCUUCACCUACCAAAACGCCUCUCUCCAAACGCAGUCAGCAUGGGUCUUCUUGGGCAUUUGAGGAUUUCGUUACUCCGGAGAAGAAACCUCUAAAGCUCCGUAAGGACGAUGUGAGACACUUUGGAUGGACCGAAGAAGAUGGGCAACCGGAAACUCAGCCUAUCAGAAAUAAGAACUUUGGCUCUCUGUCUCGCCAGAACACCGAAACCCACUUCACAAUCAAAGAUGAAGAUACCCCGGAGCCCCGCUCAAAGGUUUCCGCCGCUCCUAUCCCAGAUAAGCGUGGUAAUGUCUCCCAAUUUGAAAUCACCGACAAUUCUCCUGCAGGUAGUCAUGCAGCAAGACAAAAAGAACCUACAGCCAGCCGCAAGGCUGCCGUGAGGCAGAUGAAUGCUCAUUGGGGCGAACACGAGAGUGCCGAUGAGGAUGAUUUCUUUGCCGGAUUUGGUGGGGAGGCUAAGCCUAUGGGAAUCAGGAUCGCUGGUGACGGAAUGGGUAUUAGGAAGAGCACUGGGAGGAGCUGGGCGUACGAUGAGCAAACUUCCGAGAAGCCGCAAGAAUCCACUAUCAGAAUCGCUGGUGACGGUAUUGGUACGGCAAAGGCGGUUGGCAGACAGUGGCAAUAUGAUGACCCCAAUGAAGAGCGCAGAGAGAGACGAUAGAGCUCCAAAGCCAACCGGGGAUUACCGAAACUGCUAGCCCAAGGUGCUGAGGAGCUGGGGCGGUUCAUCCUAAUGUCUGUUGAAAUGCUUUAACGAUCAUUGCAAUGUCAGAAAUAGCGAAGAUACUGCCCCGGUGGUUGUCAUUUUUCAUUUUUUUUCCUCUGGGAAUUUUAGUGGCGGUGCUCGACUUUGGGGAGUCUUGUUUUCGGAGGGCCCCUGGCCAUCAAUUGCCAUUUACACCUGUAUUGCUUAUACCCCCUUCCUGGCCCCAUGUUAUGUCCCUUUUUUCGAUUUUGGAUUUUUUUUCUUUCUCGAUCCACAGAGCUAGGCCUGCCGCUCGCCAAAUAACAAAAUUCUUUUUUUCAUCCAUUGUCACUGUAUUUUUCACUUUUUUUACUCAGGGGGGUUGACCAUUUAUAGUCAGUUCAAAUGGCGAGGAGUUUCUGUAGUUGGGUAGCACAUCAAGACAAAAAUUGUUUCCUUUCAUUAUGCGGAUUUCCGGCUUUCACAUUUUAUGUGCAGUUUUUCUUCCAUUUAAACCCGAGUGUGUGUGCUGUGCACUAUCUCUAUUAUACAUUGUGCCAUUUCCUUGC